GUAGUCGAGCCUCUAAGAAGAACAGAGAUAAACAACAAGCAGCAGACGAGACGACGUCUGCCGUCCAUUCAAUCUUUACAGAUACAGAACUCUAAACUCGGAUUUGCAGUGAUUUCAUUUGAGAGAUGGUGAACUCUGCGAUGAAAAGGCCCAGUUUGGAGCAGCGGAAGGUGCGUUCUCGUGACGCGGCGCGCAGUAGGAGGAGUCAGGAGACUGAGGUGUUUUACGAGUUGGCACACUCGCUACCCCUUCCACGACGUGUCGCCUCCCACCUGGACAAAGCUGCCAUCAUGAGGGUGGCGCUCAGCUAUUUGCGCAUGAACCGCUUGAUCCAAACCGCGGGGCCAACAGAAACGAAGACGGAGGAAACGGAGAAUCCCACUGAUGGCUUUUAUCAGCAGGCACUGGCUGGCUUUAUUCUGGUGAUGACCGAGGAAGGGGACAUGAUCUUCCUCUCAGAGAGUGUCAGCAAAUACAUCGGCAUAACACAGCUGGAGCUGCUUGGACAGAGUGUGUAUGAGUUUGUUCACCCCUGUGACCAAGAAGAAUUGCGAGACAUCCUCACCACAAUACCAGGUAUUUCAAAGAAAAAGACAGAGAAGUCAGCUGAGCAAAAUUUCUUCCUUCGGAUGAAGAGCACACUCACCCACACAGGAAGAACAGUUAAUAUCAAGUCUGCAAACUGGAAGGUCCUUCAUUGCACAGGACACAUGCAGACGUUCAGUGGUGAUGACUCGCUCCCUGCUGGCAGCUUCCUGACAUUGCUGUGCGAGCCCAUUCCUCACCCUUCCAGCGUUGAGUUCCCACUGGACAGCAGCACUUUCCUCACACGCCAUAACAUGGACCUGACUUUCACGCAGUGUGACGGACGAGUCACUGAGCUUGUUGGAUACCACCCUGAGGAUCUGAUUGGCCAGUCUGCUUAUGAGUUUUUUCACGCCCUUGAUUUUGACCAUGUGACCAGGAGUUUAAACAUCUUGUUCACCAAGGGCCAGGUGUGCACCAGCCAUUACCGGUUUCUGGCUAAGAAUGGAGGAUUUGUCUGGACUGAGACUCAAGCCACUGUCCUCUACAACAGCAGGACGUCUCAACCCGAGGCUGUGGUCUGCCUCAACUUUAUCCUCAGUGGCGUGGAAGAGGCAGAUGUUGUGUUCUCAUUGGAACAGACCUGUGAGAAACCAAAGCCCAAAACUAAGAGGCUGAGUGAGAUGAUGGAGGAGGAGGAGGAGGAGGAUAAGGAGGAAGAGAAAGAGGACUCCGACAUGGAGGAGAGCAGCACUGCAGAGCUUUUCCUCCAGAUGAAGGAGAACCCAGAGGAGUUACUGCAGCUGGCACCUCACUCUGGAGAUGCUAUCAUUUCCCUAACAGAGUGUGUGGAGUUGUCCUUCUGCCGUCCAGCUAGUCCCAACAGUAUCCCAGAAUGCCCUCAGGAACUCUGUACACCCGAACUCCGCCAGCUCCUUUCUCCGAUAUUCGACGUUCAGCCCUCCAACUCUCCACCUGCUGCAAGCCCCGCUGAAGAGCUGCCCAUGGAGAUGGAAGUGGUACAGAAGUUAUUCACCCUCAAACCUGAAGAGAGCGUAACUCUGAAAGGACAGUCAGAGGCUAUGGAUGAGCUCGAUUUGGACAUGCUAGCUCCAUAUAUCUCCAUGGAUGAUGACUUCCAGUUGACCUUCCUGCCCCAGAGUGAAAUGGCUGCAUCUUCAGAAAAGAUAACAAACACUUCAAGGAAACGAUGUUUAGAAGAUGAGGAGGAAGAUGACAUUCCUGUUCUGGCUGCCAAAUGGGAGAAGAAACAGUUGAGCAGCUCCAUAGAGGAACAGUUGCUGCUCAGCCACACAUUACUGAAUGACUUGUCCGAUGAUCCUUCGGAAGAAUUCGAACCGCCACCUCAAAAGCGAAGUCAGCUUUUGACCGACAGGGACCCGUUACUGGGCGGAGUGCAGGCGUUGUGUGAUACAGCAGCUCUCAUGAGAGGCACCUUCCUGUCACGCCCACCUGACUUAACACGCUCACCUGUUGCUGAAACAAUGGCGUUCCUUACUUGAAGAAUGAAUAGAGUGGACGAGUUCUCAGCUAAUACAGCGACCGCAAACAGGGAAGGUUACAAAUAACCCUCUUCUCGCUCAACAUGUAUCAACUUAACAUGUAUUUCAGAAAGUGGUGUUUUACAGACGAAACACAGGAGGAUAAUUGGUCUAAACAUUCUAUUACACGUGUCCAUCUCUUCUUUUUUAAAUGUGUGUGUGUGUGUGUUUAUAUAUAUACAUACAAACACGCAUAUACAUUGAUCAACAUUUGAAGUGGAUCAAAAAGUUAAUCAAAGAAAGAGUGUUGUUCAAAAUUCAUGUAUAAUAAUAUAACUUUAAUGAAAGGUUUUGAUCCACUUCAAAUGUUGAUUACUGUGUAUAUACACACAUACUUUUUUUUUUGCCCCAAUACUAUAGUCAAGAGUAGUUACAAUAGAAGUAGUUAAUAGAAUUAGUCUAAUAUAGUGAUUGUUUAUGAAUUUCCCAUUCUCAACAGACCCUGAUUUUUAGACUUGUCAGUAGAUGGCGACAUUUCUGAAAAAUAAUGGUUCUCGUCAGACCCUCGUUUUCUGCGUUCAGUCCAGUUUCUUCAAAUAACAAAUGCUGCCAAAAGGGGGCAGAAAUCGAAGCUAAACUGGCCUGGAUAUGUUAAAUGGUGUUAACAUUUUGUUCUACCACUUGUAGCCUUAAUCUAAACUUCAAGCAUAACCUCACUUGACUCUAAGUUUAUCUGAAAGUUCACGAGGUGAUUUCUUACAAUGGUUCAAUGGGUUGAAUCCCGUUGACUAAAAUCAUGGGUUAGGCUCGUUUUGAGUGGAUGAGAUCAUGAUUUUUUAGUUAAUAGAUUAUUCACUGAUGCCAUAGCUGACAAACGCAACAAAUACUCUAUCAGUGAUCAUCUGAUUUUUAUAAAGCAUUUUAAUAUACUAUUAUAAUUACAACUUGUAAGUGAAUCUAUACUACGUAUCUUUGGUGUUGAAUUACAAAUAGUACUGUCUUCUGUUCUGUAUCUUUUCCAGUAUAUCUAAUGGUCUGUAAUGGUUUUCAAAGAGGCUAUGGUGCUGACACUGCAGUCGUAUUUGACUGAAACCCAUGAUCAUCUUUGGUCUAGUUAUUUGUUUUAAAGGACGGCAUACAGGAUUAGUUUAGCUUUUUUCAGUUGACUGUGAUUGUUAUAUGUCCCCCUGAUUUCUGUUGCUAGGACAGACACGACUCAAGGGGCCUUAUUCAAAUGGUGUCAGAUAAGACACAUGCCAUUCACAAAUGGAUUACAGUUCUUCUGAUUACUUGGACUUUUUAUAUGUUACUUUGUGUAUUUUUGCAUCAUAUAUUUCAAAUGUAUGUAUACCUUGUAUUGACUGAUAAAGAAAUAAAACAUUUUAAAUGCUUUUAAAA